AUGAAAGCCGUUCAGAUCCUCGGAGACAUGUAUUCUCCAAAACUCACCACCAAUUUCUCUAUGGAGAAACCUGAGCCUGUCAAGUCUGAUAUUCUAGUUCGUGUUCACGCUGCUGGGGUCACUGGCGAUGAAGUUAUGUGGGGAGAGACAUAUCGACGACCAAACCGCAUUCCCGGUCACGACAUUUCCGGCGUUAUCACCGCUUUUGGCCCCGACUACUCUGGUCCCCUACAAAUCGGCCAAGAAGUCUUUGCGUUUCUAUCAGCGCAUACUGGAGCAGGACAGGCUGAUUAUGUUGUCUGCACUCCUGAUGAAGUCGCACUGAAGCCAGCGUCGCUUUCACACGCUGAAGCUGCUACACUGCCGAUUCCGGUCUUGACAGCGUGGGAGGUCUUGGACUAUACCGAGAUCCACGCUGGAACGAGAGUUCUUGUGACGGGAGCUUCGGGCGCAGUUGGCCAGCAGUUUGUGCAGCUUGUCAAACACCUGACGGGUGCUUAUGUGAUCGCGCUAGCAUCCGCGACGAAUAAGCAUCUACUGGGCGAUGUGCCCGACGAAAUUGUCGACUACAAGACCCCAAACUGGGAGAGGUCUGUGAAGGACGUUGAUGUUGUCUUUGAUACGGUAGGCGGGGAGGUUCUGGCCAAGACGUGGGAAACGGUCAAGUCUGAUGGCACGAUCAUCACGAUUGGAGAUCCUGCACCGGCGUGGGCCUUUGGCAGUGAUGAACCAUCUGAGUCCUUGUCCCUACCAGGCGUGAAGUACAAGUACUUUAUCGUAUCGCCGAAUGUAGAGCGCUUGGGGCAGGUGUCAAAACUGUUCGACAAGGGAGUCCUGAAGCCACUAGCUGUGAAGAAGUUCCCGUUUGAGCAGGCGGUUGAGGCUUGGGAGGAUGCUAAGCAGCGUGGAAAGGGCUACAAGGUCGUGAUCGAGUUUUAA